GGCGAUCGUAGUUGCAGCCGCUGCAAGCGCGCAGCCCUGGUCCAAGUGGAGAACAAAGUGACCCCAGAAACUUCUUCAACUCCAUCCCGCGUUCCCGCGGAGAUCUCGGAGGGGCGCGCUCGACCUGAGGGAGAUGGUGAUUACAAAGAGGAGAUCAUUUGAAGAGGACAUGAAUUUGCGAGACAGAUUUCUCACAAUUUCUCAUGGACCGAUACUGAUAGCUGUGCUGACUGUUAAGGGCUCGCACGCUGGGUCACCAGCAGCGAAAGUUUAAUGAACUCUGAGCACUCUGAACUUCGUCUGCUUGGACAGUAGGCUUCCAGUUGAUUAAUGUAGCAGCAUUUCUUUAGGGCUGUGUGCUCGAAUGAUCAGGACACCUCUCCAGCUGGCUUAUUCUGCAUGAAGGGAUGAUCGCCCUGAGGGUCCCCACACUUCCUUCCUGGGCAGGGCCUCCUGCUGCAGAACACGGGGAGAGUGUGUAAUUUCUGGUUCAGCUGAGCUCAGGAGACCAGGACACUGAGACACCUCUGAGGAAAGGAUGGCUUCGUGGAGUAACUUCCCAUGUUUGUUAAAUGUGCUGCCUCACCCCAGGACCAUGUAAAGCCAGCUGGCCAUUCAGCUCCCUCAGAGCAAGUACUGCACUUGAGGUAAAGCCAGCUCCCGUGUGUUGUGGCUCACAUCACACUGCAUGACUGUGAUUAAGGUUACGAUGGGGAACUCUGAGAGUCAGUAUACCCUCCAAGGAUCUAAAAAUCAUAGCAAUACGGUUACUGGUGCUAAGCAAAAGCCUUGCUCCCUGAAAAUACGCGGCUCUCAUGCAAAAGACGAGAAGUCCUUGCACGGGUGGGGUCACGGAAGCGGCGGGGCGGCCUACAAGUCGAGGUCGCUGGCCCGAAGCUGCCUUUCCCACUUCAAGAGCAAUCAGCCUUACGCAUCCAGGCUCGGGGGACCCACGAGCAAAUCCUCCAAAGGCCUUGCCUGCUCCAAGCACAGGGCAAUUGCCCCGGGAAACGACUUCCAGGGCAGCAAUGCUGCUUUCUCCCCCGAGAACGGCUUCCUCUGCGCCGGCCACCAGCCCGCAGACAGCCACGUCCCCUCCAGGGCCUGCGGCAGCCGCCUGCUCACCUGCUACGGGAGGAGCGAGCGCCUGGCCUGCGCGCCGCCGGGCGAGGGCGGCCGGAGCCCCCGCGUGCUCAUCAGGACGCUGGGCAAGCUGGACGGCUGCCUGCGGGUCGAGUUCCACAGCGGCAGCCCGGGCAGGGCGCCCGGCGAGGCGGCCGGCGGCCCCGUGCGGCUGCUGCGCUACUCGCCCUCGCCGGCCUCGGGGGCGCCGGGGUCAGCUGCCGGCCAGGCCGAGUCCCCCGAGUCCCCGCCCGGCCGCCGCGCUGCGCCCGCCGACGCCCGGCUGCGCUCCAGCAAAGGCAGCUCCCUGAGUUCCGAGUCCUCCUGGUACGACGCCCCGUGGGGCAACGCCUGGGAGCUGAGCGAGGCCGACGGCUCCUCCCCGGCCCCCGGCACGCCCGACCCCGGCCCGCACGCCAGCUUCCCGCCUGGCGACACCAAAAAGCCUUUCAGCCAAAGUGCGUCCCUGUGCUCCCUGCGGGACCUGUACAGCGACGCGGCGCCGGGGAGCCUGUCCCCGUCGGGGGUCCGCCUCUCCGACGAGUACCUGGGCGCCCGCGUCUCCUUCGCCUCCGACAUGGACGUGCCCUCCCGAGUGGCGCACAGGGACCCCGUCCAGUACGGCUCCUUCACCCUGCCCUGCCGCAGGCCCAAAGCCUUAACCGAGGACACUGCCAAGAAGGACACGCUCAAAGCCAGGAUGCGACGGAUCAGCGACUGGACAGGAAGCCUCUCCAGGAAGAAGAGGAAACUGCAGGAGCCGAGGUCCAAGGAGGGCAGCGACUAUUUUGACAGCCGCUCCGAUGGACUGAAUAUAGACGGGCAGGGGCCCUCCCAGGCUUCUGCCCUGCUAUGGUCGGGGGGCUCUGCUCAGAUCCUGUCGCAGAGAAGUGAAUCCACUCAAGCGAUUGGCAGCGACCCCCUCCGACAGAACAUUUAUGAGAAUUUCAUGCGAGAGUUGGAGAUGAGCAGGACUAACACGGAGAAUGUAGAGACGUCCACAGACAGCGCGGAAUCCAGCAGCGGGUCGCUCAGCUCGCUGGAGCAGCUGGACCUGCUCUUUGAGAAGGAACAGGGAGUGGUCCGGAAAGCUGGGUGGCUUUUCUUCAAACCGCUCGUCACUUUGCAGAAAGAAAGAAAGUUGGAGCUGGUGGCUCGACGGAAGUGGAAACAGUACUGGGUGAUGCUUAAAGGGUGCACCCUGCUAUUUUAUGAGACCUACGGGAAGAAUUCCACGGAUCCGAGCAGUGCCCCUCGGUGUGCUCUGUUUGCGGAAGACAGCAUCGUGCAGUCUGUCCCGGAGCAUCCCAAGAAGGAAAACGUCUUCUGCCUCAGCAACUCCUUUGGAGAUGUCUACCUUUUCCAGGCCACAAGCCAGACAGAUCUAGAGAACUGGGUCACCGCCAUACAUUCUGCCUGUGCAUCGCUUUUUGCCAAGAAGUGUGGGAAGGAGGACACAGUGCGGCUCCUGAAGAGCCAGACCAAGAGCCUCCUGCAGAAGGUCGACAUGGACAGCAAGAUGAAGAAGAUGGCGGAGCUGCAGCUGUCGGUGGUGAGCGACCCCAAGAACAGGAAAGCCAUAGAAAACCAGAUCCAGCAGUGGGAACAGAACCUGGAGAAGUUCCACAUGGAGCUGUUCCGGACACGCUGCUACCUGGCCAGCCUGCAGGGCGGGGAGCUGCCCAACCCCAAGAGUCUCCUCGCUGCUGCCAGCCGGCCCUCCAAGCUGGCUUUGGGCAGGUUGGGUGUCUUGUCCGUUUCUUCCUUCCACGCUCUGGUAUGUUCUAGAGAUGACUCUGCUCUUCGGAAAAGAACACUGUCACUGACCCAGCGAGGGAGGAACAAGAAGGGCAUAUUUUCCUCGUUAAAAGGGCUGGAUACCUUGGCCAGGAAAGGGAAGGAGAAAAGACCCUCUAUAACUCAGAUAUUUGAUUCAAGUGGCAGCCAUGGAUUUUCUGGAACUCAACUACCUCAGAACACCAGUAACUCCAGUGAGGUCGAAGAACUGCAUGUGUAUGGUUCCCCAGUGGAUGGUGUCCCCCGAGACAAUGCCUGGGAAAUCCAGACUUAUGUUCACUUUCAGGAUGAUCAGGGAGUUACUGUGACAAUCAAGCCAGAACACAGAGUAGAAGAUAUUUUGACUUUGGCCUGCAAGAUGAGGCAGUUGGAACCCAGCCACUAUGGCCUACAGCUUCGGAAACUAGUAGAUGAGAGCAUUGAAUAUUGCAUUCCCGCACCUUAUGAGUACAUGCAGGAGCAGGUUUAUGAUGAAAUAGAAGUCUUUCCGCUCAGCGUUUAUGACGUGCAGCUCACCAAGCCUAACAGCACGUCUGACUUCGGGUUUGCAGUUACAGCGCAGGUGGAUGGACAGCAGCAUCUCAGCCGGAUAUUUAUAAGUGACGUCCUCCCCGAUGGCUUGGCAUAUGGGGAAGGUCUGAGAAAGGGCAAUGAAAUCAUGACCUUAAACGGGGAGGCCGUGUCUGAUCUUGACCUGAAGCAGAUGGAGGCCCUGUUUUCUGAGAAGAGCAUUGGACUCACUCUGAUUGCCCGGCCUCCAGACACAAAAGCAACACUGUGUUCUUCUUGGUCAGACAGUGACCUGUUCUCCAGGGACCAGAAGGGUCUGCUGCCUCCUCCUAACCAGUCACAGCUUCUGGAGGAAUUCCUGGAUAAUUUUAAAAACAACACAGCAAAUGAUUUCAGCAACGUCCCUGACAUCACAACAGGUCUGAAAAGGAGUCAGACGGAUGGGACACUGGAUCAGGUUCCCCACAGGGAGAAGAUGGAGCAGACAUUCAGGAGUGCUGAGCAGAUUGCUGCACUGUGUAGGAGUUUCACGGCCACUGAAACCAGCGGCAUGGAGGGACCAAGGGACGGCCGGGACCCACCUCCGAGGCCGCUGGCCCGCCACCUCUCGGAUGCAGACCGCCUUCGCAAAGUCAUCCAGGAGCUGGUGGACACAGAGAAGUCCUACGUGAAGGAUCUGAGCUGCCUCUUUGAAUUAUACUUGGAGCCACUUCAGAAUGAGACCUUUCUUACCCAAGAUGAGAUGGAGUCACUUUUUGGAAGUUUGCCAGAGAUGCUUGAGUUUCAAAAGGUGUUUCUGGAGACUCUGGAGGAUGGGAUUUCAGCAGCAUCUGACUUUAACAUACUGGAAACGCCUUCACAGUUCAGAAAAUUACUGUUUUCCCUGGGAGGCUCUUUCCUUUAUUAUGCGGACCACUUUAAACUGUACAGCGGAUUCUGUGCUAACCAUAUUAAAGUACAGAAGGUUCUAGAGCGAGCUAAAACUGACAAAGCCUUCAAGGCAUUUCUGGAUGCCCGGAACCCCACCAAGCAGCACUCCUCCACGCUGGAGUCCUACCUCAUCAAGCCAGUGCAGAGAGUGCUCAAGUACCCUCUGCUGCUCAAGGAGCUGGUGUCCCUGACAGACCAUGACAGUGAGGAGCACUAUCACCUGACAGAAGCCCUAAAGGCAAUGGAAAAGGUAGCGAGCCACAUCAACGAGAUGCAGAAGAUCUAUGAGGACUACGGGACCGUGUUCGACCAGCUGGUCGCAGAGCAGAGCGGGACGGAGAAGGAGGUAACAGAACUUUCAAUGGGAGAACUUCUGAUGCACUCUACGGUUUCCUGGUUGAAUCCGUUUCUGUCUCUAGGAAAAGCAAGAAAGGACCUGGAGCUCACAGUAUUUGUUUUUAAGAGAGCUGUCAUACUGGUUUAUAAAGAAAACUGCAAACUGAAAAAGAAACUGCCCUCGAAUUCCCGGCCUGCCCACAACUCUGCUGACUUGGACCCAUUUAAAUUCCGCUGGUUGAUCCCCAUCUCCGCACUUCAAGUCAGGCUGGGGAAUACAGCAGGGACAGAAAAUAAUUCCCUAUGGGAACUAAUCCACACAAAAUCAGAAGUAGAAGGACGGCCAGAAACCAUCUUUCAGCUGUGCUGCAGUGACAGUGAGAGCAAAACCAACAUGGUGAAGGUGAUUCGUUCCAUUCUGCGGGAGAACUUCAGGCGUCAUAUAAAGUGUGAAUUACCAAUGGAGAAAACAUGUAAGGAUCGCUUGGUGCCUCUUAAGAACAGAGUUCCUGUUUCAGCCAAAUUAGCUUCCUCCAGGUCUUUGAAAGUCCUCAAGAAUUCCUCCAGCAGCGAGUGGACCUGCGAGACGGGCCAGGGCAACUCGCUAGACUCGGAUGAGUGCAGCCUGAGCAGCAGCACCCAGAGCAGCAGCUGCCACACGGCCGAGAGCAGGCAGGACUCCAAGAGCACGUCUCCCAAGAAAUACCCUCCCUCUGGCCUGGCAGAGCUUGUGGACAAUCUCAUCAAAGAGAGCGAUAUUCUGAGCGAUGAAGAUGAUGACUACCAUCAGACUCUGAAACGGGCCAGCCCUACCAAAGACAUCGAGCUUCAGUUCCAGAGGCUGAGAAUCUCCGAGGACCCUGACACUCAUCCCCCAGCGGAGCUCGAGCCUGGCACCGAGGCGGGUGAGGGUCGGAAAGGAAGGGAGCAGCCUAGACUGGUCCGCGGGCACUUCUGCCCCAUCAAACGAAAAGCAAACAGCACCAAGAGGGACAGAGGAACUCUGCUCAAGGCACAGAUUCGUCACCAGUCCCUCGACAGUCAUUCGGAAAAUGCCAACAUGGAUCUAAAUUCUGUUCUAGAGCGAGAAUUCAGUGUCCAGAGUUUAACGUCGGUUGUCAAUGAGGAUUGUUUUUAUGAAACGGAGAGCCAUGGAAAGUCAUAGUACAGUUCAAUCUAGAUAUGGGUUAAAUUGCUCAUUUUACUUUUAAACUUGUGCAAAGUGGAAA